AUGAAGGGUACGGAUCCCUCCCUCUCUCAUGAUAGGAUGGUUAGCCCCCCCAUUCUAUCAUGGGACAGGGGAACCGUAGGGGCUUGCCCCGGGCCUGUGACCAUUCAUGGCCUCUGGGACCUUAGUUGUUCUGGUACUAUCUACUGUGGUGCGGAAGCUAGAGAAGUAGGUUUUGUCUUUUCCAAGGAUGCCAUCAGGUGGUAUCCUUACCUAUUGGUCGUGGAGUGCAGGGAUAGGAAAGAGUCCGGUUAA